AUGUUUUAUCAAAACACCCAAUUUAAAGAGCCAUAUACUUUCAGAAGGCUAAAAUCCUUACCAAACUUAAAGAAAUUAGCAGUUUCAGGCUCAAUGUACACACCCAGAACUGGGAUCAAAGGAAACCUCACAAAUCAAAAUAUUAGAAAAAGAAUUGAAAGGUGUAUUGCCUAUAGUAUUGACUUUGAUAGGCAUCUCCCAUCACUUAACUGAAUGACAAAUUCUAUUGAGCAAUUAAAUACUUGAAGGCCAAGCCAUGAGGAACAUAAAGAGACUGUCCCUUAUGCUCAUCCUCUUGAAAAGCUUGCUAUCACUUGGAGAGGGGAGCACCUUGAUAAAGCAAAUAUCAUUAUAAAAUUAAACGAAUAUGAAAGAUCGUAUAAGAAGCCUAGAAUUUCCAUUACAAGUAUACCAGAAGAGUUGGUUGAAGAGCUGGCAAAAACAAAUUAUGGAAGAAAAAUACUGAAAGAUGCAUCAGUAAACAUGCCACCAAGAAAGCUGUACUCGCUAGAUAAUUAUCAAAAAAUAAAGCAAGGAUUGAGUGAUCGGGAUUUAUUAAUAAAAAGAAGUGCAAGAAUUAAUUCUGUAUAUAAAUCACAGUAA